AUGUUGUUCUCUCUGCGGCUAGCCGCCACGGUGGCGAUGCGGCGAUUUGGCGCAGACCCCGCACCGUGCCUCUGCGCGUGCCUGUCAAAUGUCUGCAAGGAGGCGGCAAGCGGGGCGCCCCAGCCGGCUGCGGCAGCCGCGCCAGUAGUGGGGGGACGAACAACCCCAGCGGCUGCCCGAGUGCCUAAAAAGACGAGAAACAAAGUGGGAGAGACCAAGGCGAUUAAGCAGGAGACUCCACGUGCCCCGCGCACAAAACUUGACAUCCCGGCGGCAUACACUUCGUAUCACAGCACCGUUCCCUUUAGCGACUUCAAGGAACGCUACGGCUCCUUGGCCCCUGGCGAGAAGGCUCUUCAGACAACGGUGCGUGUCGCAGGACGUGUCAUCAGCAUGCGAGAUAUGGGAAAGAUUUUCUUUGCCACGGUUCGCUCGGACGCGACGGAGCUGCAGGUUGUGGCCCAAGUGGGUGAGAACUUCACUCACGAGGGCCUUAAAAGGCUGAAGGUGUCAAUACGGGUUGGAGAUAUCAUUGGCGCGGAGGGAGUCCCGUGCCGCAUGCAGAAGGGUGAACUCUCUCUUGCGGCGUCCAGUGUCCUUGUGCUUAGCCCCUAUGUCUGCACGGACCAAGUGGUGUGUCCCGACCUGCGCGGCUUCACACAGUUGCAGGACAAUGACAUCAGAUACCGCUACCGUUUUGUCGACAUGAUGACCAACGUAGGCGUCAUCGACACAAUUAAGAAGCGGCAUGCAGUCCUGCAGGCUCUGCGCGAGUACCUCAACGAGCGGAAUUUCGUGGAGGUGGAGACGCCAAUUCUCCACACAGUAGCAUCUGGGGCGAACGCCAAGCCAUUCGUGACGUACCACAACGCCAACGCCACGGAUUUGUUCCUACGGGUGGCGCCAGAACUGCACCUGAAACAGUGUAUUGUUGGAGGAAUGGAACGCGUCUAUGAGAUUGGAAAGGUUUUUCGAAACGAGGAUGCCGACCGCAGCCACAACCCAGAGUUCACGAGCUGUGAGUUUUAUGCGGCGUACCACAACUACGAGGACCUUAUGCCCAUGACGGAGGGCAUACUGCGCCACCUGGCGAUGCGUUCCAACGGAACAUCCGUAGUUGAAGUUCGCUCAGAGCACACAAAUGAGGUGGUCACGAUUGACUUGAGUAAACCGUUUCACCGUGUGAGUGUGUACGACGAGAUUCAGAGGGCGGCGGGUGUCGACCUUCCCCCGCCGAACGAGCUGAACACGCCUAGGGGGCUCGCGUACAUGUCCGCAAUUAUGCUGCGCCACGAUAUUCCGUUGCCAUCGGUGCGAACGGCGUCGAAAAUGUUUGACAAACUCAUCGACUUCUUUAUUACCGAGCGAGUAGUGGAGCCGACGUUUCUGAUGGACCACCCGCUGUUUAUGAGUCCCCUCGCAAAGGAGCAUGCAUCGAGGCCAGGACUGGCGGAGCGGUUUGAGCUCUUUAUCAACGGCGUGGAGUAUUGCAAUGCGUACAGCGAGCUCAACGACCCACAGGAGCAGUAUUACCGCUUCCAACAGCAGCUCGUGGACCGGCAAUGCGGCGAUGAAGAGGCCAUGCCGCUAGACGAGACAUUUCUAAAGUCGCUGCAGGUGGGACUCCCUCCCACCGCUGGAUGGGGUAUGGGAAUCGACCGCGUCGUGAUGCUUCUCACAAACUCUACUACUAUUCGUGAUGGCAUCAUAUUUCCUUUGUUACGGCACGAUGCUCGAUCUCAUGACUCUAGGCGGCGCCACAAAACGGCGAGCUUCUUUGAUUUCAACCAGCAGAUGACGCUGUUCUGUCUCAGCGGUGUGGAGCAGGAGAUGAAACGGUGCGGACUUCCCGAGGAGUCGUGUGCUCGUAUUCGUGAAAUGCGGAAGAUGAUCAUGGAAUUAGGGCAGCGCUGUGAGACCCACAAUGCGUCAAUGACAGGAUGCCGCUGGACAGAGUGGCGAUUAGGAUUAACACUGGCGAUAAUACGUCUUUUCUGCGGGGCGCCGAGGUUGUGA